CUCUCUCAGUGUUUGCACGAAUUAUACAAAUAAAAUCAAAAUGACGACCAUUAGUGAGUGCAGUGGAGAUGACAUAUUAACAGUUGAAAAUUUAAAAUCGAUGGUACGCCUUAACAUCAGAAAAAUAAUUUGCAAAGAAGAGUUAAUUAAGUAUAAAGUUAGUGUAAAAGAUCUUUCAACUAAUGGAGGAAGUUACUUUGGUUCAUUGCAAACGGUGACCAUAAAUGGCAAAACGAAAAAUGGCGAAGAAAAAGAACUAAACAUCUUUCUAAAAAUUAAUACGCAUGCAUCAGAAAACUGUCCAAUUUUCAAUGUGCCUAAAAUGUACCAGAGAGAAGGAUUUUUGUACAAAGAAAUAUUUAAAUAUUUUAAGACAGUUGAAGAUAAAUAUAAUAUACCACAGGAAGACAGACUGAGAACUGUAAAGGUAUUCAGCGAGACGAAUAGCGAGGUAAUAAUUUUGGAAGAUAUUACUAAACUGGGUUUCAAAACAAACGACCGAUUCGAAGUCAUGCACAUAAAAUUUGCAGAAUUAGCCAUUGAGCAACUUGCAAAACUACAUGCGGUCUCUUUUGUAAUACAAAAUGAAGAUCCGGAAUAUUUUGAAAACAACAUAAAGUCCUUAUGUUCGUUAGUAGAAGUGAACUCACACACUCACCAUCAUAACAAAAAAAUAUACAACAUAGCUAUGGAGACUUUAGAAGAUGAAGCAAAAAUAAAAUUUGAUAAUUAUUAUCCCACAAUGGAAGAGAAAUUUUUGAGGUCAAUAAGAAAUUCAUCUGAAGGGGCUAUUUGCCUAGAACAUGGCGAUUAUCGACCUAGCAAUAUAUUGGUGAAAGACAUUGACGGAGAACCUUCUGCAGUAUUUCCUGUCGACUAUCAAAUUACAAGUUUCGGCAAUCCUGUAUUCGAUUUUCUAUUUUUUAUUUUCUUGGGCACUGAUCAGAAAUUUCGUAAACAGCACUUGGAACAUCUUAAAAAUUUGUACUACAGUAAUUUUGAAAAUUUUUUGAGCAAAUUUGGCGUUGAAGCUGCGAAGGUAUAUUCAAAAGAACAAUUUGAUGAGCAAUUCAAAGAUAAAUUGGACUUAGGAUUGAUGUUUUUCUUAUGUCUCAUGCCUUUCAUUUUCGCCCGAACUGAUGCUGUCCCCGAGUUAGAUAAGGGAGUCGAUUAUACUGUGCCUUACAACUUGGAUGAGAGUUACAAGGACAGAUUGUGCGGAAUCGUUGAUGAUUUGAUACAGUGGGGGUAUAUGUAAACCUUCUUCAGUUACAUAAAUAACUAGGCAAACAAAAGUGCUGUUACAAAUUAAAGAAACAUUUGCAAACUAUUUUGAAAGAUGUCUAAGUUUAAUGUUUCUGUCUGUAUUUGUUGAAAUAUCAUUCUAUCAUUGUGUUUCUGAUACAUUGUCAUCUUCACUGAAAAAUAAAAUUGUGAAUGUUAAAUUAGUGUAGAUGAGAAUUAGUUUUUUAGCUGCUCUUUAAAAUGUUGUAAAUAAAAUCUUGGCACGAUU